AUGGCUAGUCCUAGUGUGCUUAACUUCGAUGCUGAGGGCCGUGCGGUCGAUUUUAAGGUUUGGGUAGAUGACUUGCAGCUCUAUCUUCAGUGCGACUCUAGGGGCGGAGUCUCGCUGUUCGAUCACACGUCCGGUGUCUUUGUUGCACCUGCUGCCGACGCUGACAUCACCCGUCUCCCUGACUCUCUCCGCUCAGUCAGGGACCACUUUCUCUCCCUUUGCCCCACUGAGCUCACCGUGGACCUGCUCGAGGAGCGACUCCUUGCAGCUGAGACUAGCAUAGUCGCUGUAGGAGCUUCUCGCGGCGACCCUCGCACCCCUUUCUUUGAGGGGUGCUCCCCAGUUCCCCUUUUGACCUCUGUUGCUUCUGCUGCUGCUGUCGACCUCGUUGGCACCGAGGCAGUCGGGGCUGCGUCUGCUCCUAGUGGGAGGCGCCGCAGCUGCAAGGGCACGAGGGGAAAGGGUGGUGGAGGGGACGGCGGGGGCGGCGGUGGUGGCGGUGGAGGAGGUGGAGAGGGUGGGAGUGGAGGUGGGGGUGGAGGCGGGAGUGGGGGCGUCGGUGGCGGCGUUGGAGGUGGAUGCGGCGGCGGUAUCGGCAGUGGGGGUGGUGGCGGCAGUGGUGCUGGUCGGGGUGGAGCCGCGCAGCGAGGCUUUGGCGGUGGCCAGCGCCAGUAG